AUGACCAGCCAUGGCACCCGGGCACAGAAAGGACCAACUGACAUAUCGACAAUUCAAUCCCUUGACACCGAAGAGUUCGCACCAGGAAAGUUUGAGAAGCGUUGGCUCAACAUAUCUGUCUCUGCACUCGGACCAGUCAAUGUUCCUGUUUUCGCAUAUCGCGGUUCUGCUCCUGGCCCGACCGUGGGAAUCAUUGGCGCCAUUCAUGGCAACGAGGUGAAUGGGAUCCCAGUAAUUCAACAGAUAUUUGCCCGUCUUGAGGAAAGGUUACGAAGCGAAGGCGCAGUGAGGACAAUAAAAGGCACUCUUAUCGGAAUUCCCGUACUCAAUGUACCGGGUUUCUUGGAUUCCGUUCGCUCGUUUGAUGGUCAUGACCUCAAUCGACUCAUGCCCGGCAAAUCCAAUGGAGCUGCCCCGCAGCAAUAUGCUUACCGCGUCUUCCACGAGAUUGUCAUGAAGUUGGACUACGUAUUCGAUCUUCACACGGCAUCCGUCGGUCGACAGAACUCGCUGUAUGUUCGCGCUGAUAUGAACGAUGAUAAUAUCAACAAAAUGGCAACCGAUCUCAGUCCUCAAAUAAUCGUGCACAACUCGAGUCCAGGUGGUUCACUCCGUGGAUGUGCCCAGCAGAAUGGCAUUAAAGCACUGACAAUUGAGAUUGGAAAUCCGAGCACUUUCCAGCAUGAUCUUAUCAUGAGAACUGUCGACGGCAUUUGCAAUACUCUGACGGUUCGAUUGGGAUAUCCGCUUUUGUCCGAUCAUGCCACCCGGGUGCAGCAAGAGAGUCCAGUCAUUUGCUGCCGAAGCCGUAUUGUCGCUCCUGAUGAGCAUGACACAGUGAUUGUCGGCCUGGAGUCCAACCCUGUCGCUAAAUUGGGCAACCGAAUUGUCCACCUUGGUGUCAUCGGGAAUGGCUUUCUGGACGGGGUGAACGAUGGUCAUCUCUAA